CACCAAACAACACGGGAACGGGAUUAAGGAGCAGGGCCGAGGGAGUGCAGAGCCCGGAUCGCCCCCUGCGGUUCCAGGUGACCAGGAGAGGGGGGUUACAUUGAAGGGUGGAAGAGGCUCCAGGCGGUGUGCCGAGGCGCUCUGUCGCCAGCCAACAUUUGCUUGGAAGCUCCCCUCUUCAAGUUGUCAGGGUACAGCGAUAUUACCUUAGGAGGCUGGGCCGCUUGCUCUUGUUAUUGUGCCGGGGAUAGGGACUGAGAACGGACCAUGGCGUUGCCUCUGGUGCUGGUUUGGACAGCGCUGUGUACCAUGCUGGGAAGCGGACUAGGAGCGGUGGAUAGCGAGCACUCCACGGAUGGGGAGUGCAACGUGAAAACGGUCAGCGUGUCGGCGCUGCCGUUUCUCCGGGAGAACGACCUGAGCAUUCACACCUCGCUGUCGGCCGAGCCCAAACUCCUGUUCUCGGUCAGGAACGAUUUCCCCGGAGAGGUGGUGGUUGUAGACGAUUUGGAGAACACGGAGCUUCCUUAUUUCGUCUUGGAAAUAUCUGGCUACACCGAAGAGAUCCCAUACGUUCGCUGGAGGCAACAAUGGCUGGAAAACGGAACCUUGCUUUUCCACGUCCACCAUCAGAAUAUCGCUCAUCGUUUACCAGGCCUGAUCCCAACCAUCUACUCCGAGUCGGACUCGGCUGAGGACGAACUCCGGAUCCUUCACAUUUCUGUGAUGGGGGGGAUGAUCGCUCUGCUGUUGGCCAUCCUCUUCCUUGUGAUGGUGCUCUACACCAGGAGGCGGUGGUGCAAGCGUCGCCGCGUCCCACAGCCCCAGAAGAGCGCCAGCGCCGAGGCGGCAAACGAAAUCCACUACAUCCCAUCCGUGCUGAUGGCCGGCCAGAACCGGGAGAGCCUGCGCAACUCCCGGCUACAGGGACACAACUCCAGCGGCUCCAUCAGCAUCCGUGAGACCCCGAUCCUGGACGGAUACGAGUACGACAUCGACGACCUCCGCCAGCAGCUGCAGAGGGAGUGCAUGAACGGCGGCGAGGACUUCGGCAGCCAGGUGACCCGCACCUUGGAUUCCCUGCAAGGGUGCGAUGAGAAAACCUGCUUGGAUCUGACUCCAGGAAGUGAUACCACCAAGUUGUCGCUCAUGAAUAAAUACAAAGAGAACUUCCUCGCCACCAGCCCUGUGGACAUCAGCCACCAACAGACAGCUCUCCUCCCACGCAGCACCUCCGGUGGACAGAGGAAGCGUUUCACAAAUAAAUCCAGAGCUGGAUCGGCCUUUUUGAACCCUGAAGGUGAUUCGGGAACCGAAGCAGAUAAUGAACCUCAGCUGACCUUUUACACAGAUCCUUCCCGCAGCAGACGUCGGAGCAGAGGAUCUCCGCGAAGCCCCAUCAAUAAAACCACCCUUACACUGAUAAGCGUGAUAGGAUGUGCAAUUGGGUUGGUUUAUGGCUCCCAUCUGACCUGUCCCCUGUCUGUGAAAGUUGUUCUUCAUGUGCCCGAGCACCUUAUUGCUGACGGCAGCAGAUUUGUCUUGCUUUACGGAAACCAACUCAUUGCUCGUGACUGGCUGAAUCCGGCCCAGGUAUUACUGUACCACCAGCAGAAUAGCAGUGGGCCGUGGAUCAUGGAGUUAUGUGGAUGCCGUCUGAUCGACCCCUGUGAACACGAGUGCGACAUAGACACAGGUGAAUGUGAAUGCCAAGAGGGCUACACACGAGAUCCUGUCCACAAACACCUUUGCAUCAGAAAUGACUGGGGAACAAAUCAAGGACCCUGGCCAUACACCAUGUUUCAACGUGGCUUUGAUCUCGUGAUGGGGGAGCAGCCAUCUGACAGAAUAUUCAGGUUUACCUACACGCUUGGAGAAGGAAUGUGGCUGCCACUGAGUAAAAGCUUUGUCAUUCCCCCAGCUGAGCUAGCAAUCAACCCUUCAGCUAAAUGCAAAACAGACAUGACUGUGAUGGAGGAUGCUGUUGAGGUCAGGGAAGAAGCCAUGAUCUCCACUUCCUUUAAUAGCCUUGAGGUACUUCUUGACUCUUUUGGCCCGGUGAGAGAUUGCACAAAGGAUAAUGGUGGCUGCAGCAGAAACUUCUGCUGUAUCUCGGAUCGCAAGCUUGAUUCAAGUGGUUGUGUGUGCCCUCUGGGACUCAGCCCAAUGAAGGAUGGCUCCGGCUGUUACGACAGGCAUAUUGGCAUUGACUGCUCAGAUGGAAUGAAUGGAGGUUGUGAGCAACUCUGCCUACAAAAGACCGUGCCUCUUCCAGAUAACCCCUCACUCUACAACAUUGUGAUGUUCUGUGGUUGCAUUGAAGAAUACAAACUGACUUCAGAUGGACGGAUGUGCCAGCUAGUUUCUGAAUCCUGCACCAGUGGCUCAGACUGUGCUGAGGCCAACAUUUCUCUGAAUCAGACUUUGUUCAGGGACAUCUUCUAUGGAUACAAUAACCAGACUAAAGACCUUGCGCUUGGCCAAGUGUUCAUUGCAACAUUCAGACAGAAGAAUUUUGUGACCGGCAUCCAGCAGCAGCUGCCCGAUGGAAUGGUUGUCUCGGCUCUGCCCAGUGAGAACCAGUGCCAGGAACUAUUAUCCGACCCCAUCCCAGAUCCGGACUACCUCACAGGAAUGGUGAACUUCAGCGAAGUGGCGGGAUAUCCCAUGGUGCAGCACUGGAAGCUGAAGUCAACGCAAUACCAUGUGAAGCUCAACCAGCGGGCACUCUCUACAGUAUUCAGUCAUGCCAUCCAUUCAUUGGAUGGAGCCACUUUGAGGAAUGACUUUGCUUCUGUGCUGGAGGAAUUUGGCAAUCACUACAUUCAAGAGGCGCUCUACGGAUUUGAGGAGACUUGUACCAUUUGGUUUCCAAAUCGGUCAGUUCAGAAGCAAUUAUGGAUGGAGUACCAAGAUAUCAGCAAAGCCAAUUCUCCAUCUGACGAAUCCGAGGAGCAUGAAAAGGAUCCCAAAUCAUUAACUUUUCCAGCCUACGUUGGAAGCCUUCUUGACUCUGGCGAUGAGCUCAUGGCAUCUGGAGUGAGGAUGUACUGUGACAACAGGGGAGGUUGCCCAUCCUCCUGUCACCUGUGCCACCCAAAAGGGGGCCAAAACAGGCAAGAAGAACCUGUGUUGCUGGAAGUCACCAAGGCAGCUCCACUGUCUGAACUGCUCAGCGAAAAUGAAACGCAAAAAGCAAUCUAUGAAGCAAUGUUGAGUCUACUCUGGUGUUCGGGAGGUGGUGAUGUCAUUGAUGACUGGUGCAGAUGUGAUUCUACAACCUUCAGUGUUGACGGACUCCCGAACUGUGCUCCACUGCCUCAGCCGAUUCUGAGGCUGUCACCUGCACAUGAGCCAAGCAGCUCGCUGGUGGUUUUGGAGUGGGACCAUACCGAGCCUGCCAUUGGGGUGAAGAUUGUAGAUUACCUGAUCAGUUUGGAAAGGGUCACCAUCACAGAUCGAGCAGAGAUGUCCAAGGUUGAGGCAGAAUCGGUAUUGAGUUUUGUCGAUGACAUUGCCUCUGGAUCCAAGACCCCUUGUAUGAUGUUGGGGAAAGUUCCCGACACAGUGUCAAGUUCCAUAUCAUUAAUAAUCAGAUGCCUUGAGCCGGAUACUACAUACAUGUUUACCUUGUGGACCGUAGACAACACUGGGAGGCGCUCCAGGCCAAGUGCAGUUGCUGUCAAAGUGCCCUGUCCGCUCGUGGAUGAUGUCAAGGCUAAAGAAAUUGCUGACAAAAUCUAUAACUUGUUCAAUGGCUACACAAGUGGAAAGGAACAGCAAACUGCAUACAAUACGCUAAUGGAUCUGGGCUCCUCUACACUACACCGUGUCUAUUAUCACUACAACCAGGACUAUGAGCACUUUGGAGAAUUUACUUGGCGCUGUGAAGAUGAAUUGGGACCAAGGAAGGCUGGCCUGAUCCUGUCCAAAUUGGAAGAGUUGAGCAACUGGUGCAGAAGCCUCCUGUGGGAGCCCAAGAUCACCCUUCGCCGUCUCUCCUUGAAGUAUCUCUCCUGCCGCUACAGCGAAAUGAAGCCCCCGGGAAUAAACUGGCAGGAGCUGAACACAGAAGUCAAAAAGAUCUGUGAGGAGCAGUUCCUGACAGUGCUGUACAAUGACUAUGGAGAACAUAAAGAGUUCUGAUAGAGGAAUGUGUUUUGUGGCCAUUCCCUACCCCUCCCGUCUCCCCCCCCCCCUCCCCCCCGCACCCCCCUCCCCUCCUUUGCCAGCAGGUCACACAACCUUCUGGGUUGAAUGUUGCUUGGCUGCCUGCAGUUGUUUUGUGGAGAUUGUUAAACCCCAUGCUAACUCUGGUAUGGCUAUAAAACAAUGAAGCUGUUUGGGUAAUGUCAGCCAAACAUGUGGAUCACUUGAUUUUAACUUUUUGAUGAGAAGCUGGAGGAAUCAGGGGAAAGAUUGGAUGGUGAUGCUGGUGUUUGCGUUAAAUCUUCUGCCAUUGCUGUACCUUCUGCUGGUUGGGGCCCCCAUGUGUAUGGAGAUUGCUUUGCUGGGGAUUUUCCAUUUUUGGUGAACCAAAGGCAGCUUUAUUCAAUGCUCAUUUGGUACUUAGAGUCGCCACGCAUUGCCAAGUCUGGAAUUGAAUAGGCAGUGGAUUCUGUUGGGAUAUUGGAAUAGGAUCAUGUGUUUUGUGAUAUGACUGCACCCGUGUUAACUCAAUGCCUCCUCGUGUUUUGAAUGGACCAAUUAUAAAGGCACUGAUUUCCCACCUGGAAAGAGGCUGGUUGCUAUGAUAUUGGUCCCCUUCACAAGAUGGUUAAUGGAUGCCUGAGGGUUGAUGUAUAGAGCAAAUUACUAUUUACCUUAGAUGGACACAAAAUGCUGGAGUACCUGAGCAGGCAGGCAGCAUCUCUUGAAAAAAGGAAUAAUUGACGUUUAGGCACGAGACCCUUCUUUAGUCUGAAGAAGGAUGUCGACCCAAAACGUCACCUAUUUAUUUUCUCUAGAAAUAUUACCUAACCCGUCAAAUUACUCAUCAUCUUUUGUCUAUCUUUGGUGUAAACGAGCAUCUGCAGUUCCUUCCUGCACUUACUGUGUGCCUAGUUUGUUGUGAAGGACCUGGUCAAUGGAGAUAGUUUAGCAAUGGCAUCUGAUGCCCACCAUCAGCCAGAGCAUCAUUCUUUGUAUUGGGGAUUCAGACUUCUCUUGGUCCCUAUAAUCACAAGACUGAGAAGUGAAUGGUGACAUUUAGUGAUGUUCUAGUGUUCUUGGGAAAUCCGCCGACCUCGGUUCAGCAGGGACAUUCUUUGCGGCAUAGUGGAAAGUAGAGACACACACACACACACCUUCACAUCACACAACCCUUUGUUCCGUUUCUCAAUUAAUUGUAUAUGUGUAACACAUUGAAUCUGCUGUGCACUAUCAGAUGGCAUUCUACAUUCACUCGAACAUAAUGGCAAACCCAUCCCAGCUCAUUCGUCAGAAUAGAACAAUUCUUCAGGCAUCCCCAGGCAUGCAGAUUAGAUUAGACUAGUGAAUUCCCUGCCAGCAUUAGGCACGUCUGAUACAAAUCCACUUUACACAUAGUCAGGUGCAUGGUCUACGAUUAAGUGUUUUAAUAUUUAUUAAGUAUCGCCGUUUUAUAUAUUAUAUAAAUUAAAAAGAAUCAACUUUGAAGAUUACUGUAGCGAAGGUAUAAAUGCUCAAAAAUGUGAUGCAGUAAUAUUUUAUGUGGCUCUUUGUCAGAACUCAGUAGCUGCUAACACUUUAUCAGCCAUCAAAUUACACAACCGUAAAAGUGAGCAGUCUGGUGCCUGCUAA